GUCACACCGAAGUGCGUAAGAAUACAUACUGCAAUCCAACAAUUGAUCUAGAAAACGGUCCCGCGGCGACGAUUAUGUAUCCUUACGCCGCAAGACGAGAAUGCUCAAACAGUAAAGCGAGCGCACCUUCGAACAGUCACAUGUGAAAACGGACCUUACGUUUUGUUAGCAUGCAGUUUGUUUUCAUGAGUUGUUUGCGCUUGGCAAUCGGGUUAGCAAGGCCUCUUCGUUGAGGCACCCUGACGGUAUGCCAUAAUAUUACAUCAUGAAAUUUUGGUAGCUAUUACGCACGUCGCCGGCUUUGACAAUGUACGCAAAGAAGAUGACUCGGACCCUCAGCUCCGGCGCCCUUGCAGCGCAGCAGCAUCCCAAUUCCGUCCAUACAACAACUCCACAUCCCUUCAGCAGAAAGCGACCAGCCCCGUUUACUUCACAGAGAUGCGGCCAAGCGUCAAGCCGCAACAGCCCAGCAUCCGCAUCCUCGAUGCGGUCCGGCAACCACCCCGGUAGCCGCAUUCCCGCGACUGCCGUGGGCGUUUCCACAGCCACCACUACGGCCAUCGCCACCGUGGAAACAACUCCAGAGGCUCUUUCUGCUUCCAAUGACGCCUCUCCUGCGCAGCAAGCCGCACCCAACAUGCGGGUCGGGGUAGGAUGCACCCAUGGUGCUAACAGCAGCGGCGAUGGCAGCAGCGGUCACAGCGGUGCUGCCUUAAUGGCCAGCCAAGGCCUUCCUGCUUCAGUCACAGCGGUUGUUGACGGUCAGAGACAGCAGCAGCAGCUGCUUGACAGCGCCCCGACGGCAGCGGAAGAUUCGACAACCCAGCCACUGCGGCAACGGCAAGGGCAACCGAACAUGCUGCUGCUACCGGUGGCAGUGUGUACGACACUCACGCUUACACCCGAGUCCACCCUGGCUGACGCAGCUGCGGCCCUGCUGCGCCACCUCCCAGCCGCAGCCGCCGACAACGCAGCCCAUCCCUCCGGAGUCGUGCGCAUCGAAAUUGCCGUACCCCGUACGGCUACGACAGCCCUCCGAUGGCUAGCUGGACAGCAACAGCAGCAACACCAACCUCCACAACCCAACCAGCAGCCUCAUCUCAGCAGUCCAGCAGCGUUAGGGCCCUUCCUGUACUUUAGCGGCCGGCGCUCCUCCGCUCCAGACACCCCCGGCGCCAGUGCGGCGGAGGCCGCCACGCGGGGCUGGAGUGCGCUGGCGGGAGCGGGAGCGGCGUGGAGGUGGUGGGGGCCGGGGAGCGGCGGGUUCGGCAGCGGUGUGGUUUCGGCGCUGCAACGGUUCCUGUCACCCGACCAGCCGCGUGUACGGAUUCUGGGAGGCGUCAGGUUCGAUCUCCGCCGCCAGCCGGACCCCGAGUGGGCUCCCUUCGGCUCGCACUGCUUCGUGCUGCCCCUCCUGGAGCUGACGGAGGCGGAGGACGCCUGCCUGCUGGCCGUCACACUGGCCUGGGACCCCGCGGCGGCGGCAGCAGCAGCGGAGGAAGCGGCGGUAGCGGCAGGUGUUACGUUAGACGCAUCAGCAUCAGCAGCUGGGGAUGCGGCGGAGGCAGCAGCAGCUGCUGGGUUCGUGGGCUGCGGGAGUCUGCGUCAGGCUGUGGCGCGGGCUGAGGCGGCGCUGAGGAGCAUGCGGCCGCCCGCUCACGACUCGGCGUACGGCCUGCGGGUCACCAGGUCGGAGCUGCAGCACGCUCCCAGUAAGGAGGAGUGGGACGUCAACAUGGCUGCGCUGCUGGGCAGCUUGCAGGACGGCCAUGAUUCGGGCGCCCCUGCUGCCGCUGCGCUAGCAUCCCUGCUAGACCCCAGCUUGGCUCGCCAGGAAUACUUGACUCACGGACAGCAGGGCCUAGAUGACUUGCUCGCAGCCAUGUCCCUCUCAGCGUUCAACACGACGUCAAAACAGCAGCAGUUUCAGGCUAAUGGCGACGGUUUGGACGCCAUUCGGGACCUCAUUGACGGCAAGGUAACGGUUUCGGAGCUGACGGCGAUGGCUGCCGUACAACGGCCGUCGCUGACGGCUCGUACGAAUGUCAAUGGCGGCGUCGGCGCCAGCAAAGCAGCGGCGGCUCCUCCGUCGCAAUCGCUCGGCAGUAUCAAUAAUGCUGGCGGUGACAGUAGCGGUUCGGCAGUCGCAUCAGCAGGAAUGGCAGCAGCAAUGGAGCAGGGCCCGGAUACGGACGGAGGCGAGGCGUUGAGCAAGGUGGUGAUGGCUCGUCGUACGAGCAUGCGGUUAGAGGGGCGGUUGGACCCGCUGCAUGUGCUGCAGAGCCUCCAGGAACGCGACCCCAGGGCCUACCAGCUCUACUUCGCACCCGGACCCUCACCCGCCUCCGUACCUGCAUCACCUGCUGACGGCUCCUCCUCGCCCGCCCUGCUGCCCGGCCCCGCCUUCCUGGCGUGCACCCCUGAGCGGCUGUACGCGCGCACGGGCCGCUGGGUGGCGAGUGAGGCGGUGGCGGGCACCCGGGCGCGUGGCAGGGGGGGAGAUGUGGAGCAGGACUUCUGGCUGUCCCUGGACCUGCUGCGCUCCCCCAAGGACCAUGCGGAGUUCUGCACCGUGCGGGACUGGAUCGCAGCGCAGCUGGCGGGUCCCUGUGAGGACGUGCACGUUGAGAUCCGCAAGUCGGUUCUCAAGCAGGGCAGCGUGCAGCACCUGUUCGGGCGGGUGGCGGCGCGGCUGCGGCGCGGGCGCAACGACGCGCACCUGCUGGCUGCGCUGCACCCCACGCCUGCAGUGUGCGGACGACCGAGGGAGGCGGCGCUUGGGUACCUAGAGGGCCUGGAGGCGUUUGACCGCGGCUGGUACGCGGGGCCCUUCGGCUGGAUCUCGGGUGCGGGAGCGGAGUUUGUGGUGGCCAUUCGCUCCGGAUUGGUCUGCCCGGAGAUCAAUACCAAUACCAGCAGCAGCAGCACAGCAGGCGGUAGCGCUCAUGCUGAACCACAAGUAGGAAUGGCGGCUGCUCCAGCCCCUGCCAGAGGGCAGCCGCUGGGGCCGCUGCUGCAGCAGCAGCAGCCUCGACAGCAGCCGCAGCAUCAGCCCCCCCGGCUGUCGCCUCCUGCUGCACGUGUGCACCUGUUCGCGGGGGUGGGGGUGGUGCGGGGCUCCGACCCGGCGGCGGAGUGGCAGGAGCUGGACCUCAAGAUCCGCCCGCUGUCCUCCUCGCUGCUGCCCUCCCCCCUGCCCGACGCCGCGCCCAACAUCAACGUGGCCUGGGCGGGGCUGCUGGUGGAGGAGCUCUGCCGGCUGGGGGUCAACAUGUUCUGUGUGGCGCCAGGAUCCCGCUCCUCGCCGCUCACCCACGCCAUCGCCAGCCACCCACGUGCCCGCCUGAACGUGUGCAUCGACGAGCGCUCCCUGGGCUUCUGGGCACUGGGCUACGGCCGCGCCUGCCCCGGCCGCCCCGCAGCCGUGGUGACCAGCUCCGGAACCGCUGUGGCGAAUCUGCUGCCGGCGGUUGUGGAGGCGAGUCUGAGCGGGGUGCCGCUGCUGCUGCUCACGGCGGACCGGCCGGCGGAGCUGCGGGACACGGCAGCCAACCAAACCAUUGACCAGACCAAGAUCUUCGGUGGCUUCGUGCGCUGGUUCUUCGACCUGCCCCCGCCCGCCGCCGAGGUGCCCGGCCGCACCGCCCUCACCACCGCCUCCACCGCCUUCAGGGCGGCAGUGGCGGGGCCGCAGCCGGGGCCGGUGCACAUCAACCUGCAGUUCCGAGAGCCGCUGGCUCCUGUGGAGGCCCCCUGGCCCCGGGACGCCUUCCUGCGCGGUCUGGCGGCCUGGCAGGAUUCCCAGCUGCCGUACACAUCCCACAUCUCCAGCACAGCACUCCCAGCUGCCGCCAUGCCCUCCACCGCCAACCCCGCCGCUGUCGCUGUCGCUGCUAAUGCAUUGCUGCCGUACACCAACAACAACAACGCGGGCAUGUUGCAUGGCGCCAUGGAGUUGAGUGGUAGCAGUACGGCUGGUGGUGCUGCUGGGUGUUGCAGUGCUGACGUGGCCGGGCUGCAGGCGCUGCUGGCGGGAGCUGAGAGAGGGCUGGUGGUGGUGGGGGAGCUGAUCGACCCGCGGGACAUCGUGGCGGCACGGCAGAUCUGCACUACUCUAGGUUGGCCUGUUGCGGCAGAUGUGCUGUCGGGGCUGCGAGUGGGCGCAGCACCUCAUCCUCCAACUACAACUACCACUGCUACUGCUAACAACAACAGAAUGUCGUACAACAACAACAACAACAGCACUAGUGCCGUACCGUUUAUCGUACACCACAUGGAUCAGCUGCUGCUGGGAGAUCGCGAGUGGUGGCGGCAGCUGCGGCCGGAUGUCAUCCUGCAGCUGGGGCCGCACCUAACGUCCAAGAGGCUGGGGCAGUUCAUGGACUGGGCUGCCAUGGGCGAUGAGGAGAGCGGUGGAGUCCCAUGGGUGUAUGUGGCGCCUCAUACGCUCCGCCACGACCCCUCCCAUCUCGUCUCCCAUCGAGCCGUUAUGACCCUCAGAGAGUUCAGGGAUGCGGUGGCCGUGCCCGCAGCUGCCGGAGCAGCAGCCUCAGAGGGAGUUGGAGGGUUGGAGGCUGCUCGUUGCAGUCCCAGUGACCCAUGGGUCGGUGUGCGCAGCAGCUACGGCCGCAUGCUCUUGCAGCUGGACGAGGCAGUGUCUCAUGAGAUCGACUUGGCGCUCUCCUCGCUUGCUCCCGAGGUGGUUUCGGAGCCCUUCAUCGCUCGCUGCCUAGCCCGCAGCCUGCCCCCGGGUCAUGGCCUGUUCAUCGGUAACUCCAUGCCCAUCCGCGAUAUGGACAUGUUCGCAUGCCCGCCCUCCACCUCGCUGGCAGCAACAACGACAACAACAACAACAACGCCCGGACGCCACACGCAGCAGGAAUCAUCCCUUUCGCCGCUUGGGGGCGUGCCAUCGUAUCCGCUGUCGACUCCUGCGACGUCCACCUCGACCCACCAGACUGCGCCUGCUUGCAGUGCUGCUGGCAGCAGCAGGGGUGGCAGCAGCAGCUGCAGCAGCGGCGGUGUUAGCGGUGUCGGGGGUAGCGCUAAUGGUGGGGCGGUCGUGGGGGUGCCGGUGGCGGCCAACAGAGGUGCCAGCGGAAUCGAUGGUGUGCUGUCCACAGCAGCAGGUUUUGCGGAGGGUCUGUCCCGCCCCACCACGCUGCUGGUGGGCGACGUGUCCUUCCUGCACGACGUGAACGGCCUCAACCUGCUGCGGGCGGGGGAGCUGCGGCCGCCGCUGACGGUGGUGCUGGUCAACAAUGCGGGUGGCGGUAUCUUCUCCUUCCUGCCCAUCGCCUCCGCCGUCCCAGAGGACGAGUUCACGCCGCUAUGGGCCACCCCGCAAAACGUGGACCUGGAGGCCAUGUGCCGGGCGCAGGGCAUACCACAUCAGAAGGUGACCACUUCAGAGGGUCUGGCGCCAGCACUCCAGGCCGCUUGGGGCCUCAACCGGCACAGUGUGGUGGAGGUGGUGACGGAGCGGAGCAGCAACGUGGAGCUGCAUCGCGUGGUGCAGGCUGCCGCCCUACGAGCCGCCAAGCAUGCGCAAUUCCUGGCAACCCGCUGCUCAACCGCCGCCGCUGGUACAGCCCUCGGCGCCGCCGCCGCUACAGCCCUACCUGUAGCACCCUCCGCCCCCAGCGCCGCCGUCACCGCUGCCUCCUUCACCAUUGGCGGUGUGGCCUGGCGGAGAUACCGCCUGCCACUCACACAGCCCCUGACGACAACAGCAACGGCUACUAGCACCAAAGCCAGCAGCAGCAGCGAGGGGUGGUGCGGUUCCCUUUUCCGGGGUGGUUCCGGAGCGGUGAGCUCCUCGGGGUGGUUCCGGGAGGGGUUGCUGCUGCGGCUGCGACUGCGCUGGUCCGACGGGAGGGAGGCGGGCAGCGGGGUGGGCGAGGUGGCUCCACUGCCGGAGUUGCAUGCGGAGAGCUUGGAGGAGGCGGAGGUGCAGGUAGCUGCCCUCAGUCGCCUGCUGGUCGGCGUGCCGCUGCCGCCCUCCCUGGCGCUGCUGGGCGGGCGGGUGGAGGGCUGGCUGCGGGGCAGGCUGGGGCUGGGGGAGCCCGGCUGGCUGCUACCGUCCGUCAGGUUCGGACUCGAGUGCGCGCUGCUGUCAGCCCUCGCCUCCUCGCUGAACACCAACUUGACACACCUGCUGGCUGCUCCUCCACCACCUCAGCCGCCACAGCCACAGCCGUCGCAGUUGUCAGCUGCAACCUUGACAUCAUCUGCAACGCCGAACGAGCGUGCGCAGCGCGUCCUGGUGAAUGGGUUGCUGUCGCCGCCGGUAAGCGGGGACGAGGCAGCGGAUUCAGCCGCUGCGGUUGCGGCUGCGACGCGGCUGCUGGCGGAAGGCUAUACAACGAUCAAGGUCAAAGUAGCGCGAAGGUCGGAUCCCUGCGCGGACGCCCGCAUCCUAGCCGCCAUCCGCACUGCCGUGGGGCCCCACGUGCUGCUGCGAGCUGACGCCAACCGCGGCUGGCCCUCCCCGGAGGUGGCAGCGGCGUUCGGUCAGGCCGUGGCGGCUGCCGGGGUGGAGCUGGAGUACCUGGAGGAACCCACGAGUGACCCACGGGACAUGGCGGCGUUCUACCAGCUGACGGGCAUCCCCGUGGCUGCGGAUGAGUCCCUGGACGAGGGCCUCCUGCUGCUGACGUCACCACCCGCCCGCUCCGGAGGCGCCAGCGGCGGAGGUGUGUACGGCAACAAUGCUGGCGGCGGCGGCACCGCUCCGUCGUACAGCGGCCCCGGGCUGCCGACCAAUCGCGCCGCGGGUCUAGCGGCGGUGGUGUUGAAGCCGGCUGCGUUGGGCGGGGUGGAGGCGGCGGUGGAGGUGGCGCGCUGGGCGCAGCGACGGGGCGUGCAGGUGGUGGUCAGCUCAGCCUUCGAGAGCAGUGUGGGUCUAGCACACCUGCUACAGCUGGCGGCUGCGCUCGAUGCCAACACCCCUAGCAAUACCAGCAGCAGCAGUGGCAGUAGCGGCACUACCAGCAGCAGUGCCACCAGCUGCGUGCACCACGGCUUUGGGACGUUGCAAUGGUUUGCUGCCGACAUAUCUCAUGAGCCUCUGCAGCUGGCACCCCAGCUGCUGCCACCGUCAUCUUCACCCGCCUGCUCCUCCUCCUCUACUUCUUCAGCCUCCCCCGCCUCCAUAGGCGCAGCGGCAGCUGACAGGAUGGGGACUGCUGGCAGGGCCUGUAAGGACGGUGACUUCGUGCCCCUGCAGGCGGUGUGCGGCAGCGUGGAGCAAGCAAACAGGGUGCUGCAGGCGUGUGCGCAUGGCUCGGGGCUACGACCACAGGCCCUAGUGCCAUUCGACAUUUGUCCCACUCCUGCCAACAGCAACGGUAACAGCAGUGCCAGCAGCAGCAACAAUGGCAGCAGCAGCAGCAGCUGCUGCUGCAGCACGCAUGAGCAGGAGGAAACAUCAGAGCCCGCACACCUGCGCGACAAGCACAGCGGACACGUCGACCCAUGGGUCGGGCCCGCAGCCCAGGGCGGCAUCGUGCAACGCCAGAUCUGUGUCGAGGUCGAGCUCCCUCCGGCACAGCAGUCAGCAACCCAAGCCACACGACCACGACAUCACACCGCACAGCAGGGUUCGCAACAUGGUGCGCAACAGGGUAGCAGUCCUCAGCAGCCGCAGGGAUCUGCUGCUGCGACUGCGUCCUCACCGCUACGUGUCUUGGUUUGCGGACUGGAAGUCCUGCCAUCAUCCCAUCCCCAGCCACACUCCCCAGGGUUUACUGACCUAAACAACCACCAACAACACCACGGCAGCAGCAGCGACCAGCAGCGGCCCCAGCAGCCUCAGACCCCUCCCUUCCUCUUCCUGCACGGCUUCCUAGGCAGUAGCGCCGACUGGUUGCCCCUCAUGCACGCCCUGGCAGCAGCCGGGCACCGCUGCGUGGCGCUAGACCUGCCGGGACAUGGCGGUACGGCACCCUGUGCCACUGCCCCUGCUGCUGUUGCUGAUGAUGCUACCACUGCCACUGACAGCGGUUGCGUCGACACGAAUGGACCCGCAUUUGCUGCUGGGAAAGUGGACGCGGGCUUGCAGCAGCAGCAGGAGCGGGAUCAGCUGUCUGUUAGUGGGGCUCACAGCAUUUCCGGUGCAGCGGGGUGUGUGGUGGCGGCGGCGCGGCAGCUGGGCUUGGAGGGCGCAGUGCUUGUGGGGUACAGCCUGGGGGCGCGGGUGACACUGCAGGCCGUGGUCAAGGAUGGAAACCAGUGCAACGGGGAAGGCAGCAAGGACCAGAAAACUGGUGACGGUCAUGCCGCUUCCCCACCCGAGCAAGGGACCCCGCUGUGGCUAGGAGCCGUCCUCAUAUCUGGUACACCGGGGAUAAAGGACGCCGCCCAAGCAGCGGCCCGCGCUGCCAACGACGACCGCCUCGCUACCUCCCUCGUGCAAAGCGGCUUGCCUGACUUUGUACGGAAAUGGUACGAGCAGCCGCUCUGGUCGAGCCUCCGUCGCCAUCCCGCCUUUGGGCGCAUGCUUGCUCGUCGUACCGGCUCGGCUGCCGCUGCUGCCGUACAAAUGGCUGACGGUGCCGGUCUAGCUGGCGUCAAGUUGGCUUCGCCUCAUGACGGCAGCAGCACCGGUACUAGUGCACCACCGAUGGCGACGACGGCAGCCCCAACAGCAGCAGAAGCAGCGGCUGGGGCAGCGGCAGCACUGAGCGGCAUGAGCACAGGCCGCAUGGCACCUCUCUGGGACAGUCUGGACCCAUGGGUCGGCCCGCCGCUUGUGCUGGUAGUUGGCGACUUGGACGCCAAGUUCGUUGACAUUAACACCCACAUGCUGGCACGGCUUGUACGACAACGUGCUACAGCCGCUGCGGCAGCAGCGACAUCUUCAACGGUUGCUGCUAACAGCACCAUUUGCCCAUCUGCACGCGCUGUAGCAGAUGAUACAACAGCUCAACAGCCUCAACCGACGCUACAACCGCAGCAGGUGCAUGGGGGCGGCAGCGGCAUGGGUGUGACGGAUCAGCUACGGCAGUUGGGUCAUGCGUUGGUACGGGUAAGGGAUGUGGGUCAUGCCGUACAUGAGGAGGCACCUGAGCGGCUCUUGGGCGUGCUUCGGGAAGCGGCGGUGGCGCUGGCGGCUCCAGGGAUGGAGCAGCAGCAGCGGGAUUGAGAAUGGGCAAGAGAAGGGCGUGCAACACCUUUGCCGCAAAUAUCAUAAUUGAGGGAGGUACUGGAUGGCAUGCUUCGGAGGUUGGGCAGCUGCUGCAAUGAAUGCAAGCGGUUUACGCGCAGCACAUUUUUGUUUCGAGUUAUGAGCGGGAGAGUGACGUUUGAGCGUUGCAUGCGGUUAAGACCAUGGGUCAGCAGGGGGAUAAACUUAGCACGACCGGCUUGGUGGGCAGGCACGAGCGACAGGCAGACAACAUAGGCACCUACCGCAUUGUAGGGUUCACCGAACACCUUUCCGGGCAGGAGGCAACGUGAGACGCCUCCGAACAUGCAGAGAUUUAGUCGCUUUGGUGCGUUAAUUGGGUGAGGGCGUCUGUGAUAGGUGAGGUCAGGAGGAAACAGCUGGUGAGGGUUUUGUG